UCCGGAAGUCCCGGCGGUGCUGACGUCACUUCCGCCGCGCUUCCGGGCCGCGCCAAGAUGGACGCCCCCGGCGCCCGGGAGCAGCUCCGGCGGCGCUACCUGCUCCCGCUCGACGCCGAGGCCCCGCGGGACGGCCAGGGCCACGCCGGGCCGGAAAUCUCGGCAGCGGUGGAAAAAAAGGAGAAACCUCUCCCAAGACUUAAUGUCCAUUCUGGAUUCUGGAUUUUGGCAUCCAUCGGUGUGACUUACUAUGUGGAUUUCUUUAAAAUCGUCAAAGAAAACAUUCACACUAGUAGCUGGAUUCUCUGUGGUGGCGCCUUGUUGCUCGUCAGCCUGUCGGUCGCCUUCUACUGCAUCCUGUAUCUGGAGUGGUACCGUGGGAUCAAGGACUACGAUGCCAAGUAUCCCACCCUCAUCCCCGUUACCACCGCCACCUUCAUCAUAGCAGGGCUCUGCUUCAACGUGGCCCUGUGGCACGUGUGGUCCAUCUUCACCCCACUCCUGCUGUUCACCCAGUUCAUGGGGGUUGUCAUGCUGGUCUCGCUCCUGGGGUGACGGCGGCAGGUUCGGCCGUGCGGCUGGGGGUGAGUGAGCCCCACGCCCCGUGGGAGCGGAAGAGUGGCCGGCCGGCUUGUUUGCUGUUGAGAAGUGAGCGUCCCCCCGGCCGCCGUGACCGGGGCUGUGCGGGAGGCAGAAUGAAGUGUUCAUGGGCACAUUCUACGACCGAGGGGAUCACUGAAUGGCUGAGAUCCAAAAUAGAAGCAUCGUGUGCAGGAGAGAGCUCUGCCCGUGUCUGAGUCACCGGAGGCAGCGUGGGAGUGGACGUGUGCCCUGGCGUGGCCCCAGCGGGGCUGGCUGCGCAGAGAUGGGCCUGCUCGGGGCCUGGUCCCACGCUGGCAGCUGUCCCAGGAUUUCAGUCUUCACUGUUUACGUUCUGCUUUCCCGUUGCUGUGGAUAUCACUGUAUAAAUUAUUGCAUUUUUAGCACUGGAUUCUCACUUCUAGUCAUCUUAUGUAUAAUUCUCUUCCUUAACACUUCAAUAAAAUAUUUUUCUAACUUU